GAAGGUCUCUCUACGUUUCAGUUAUCACUGGCGCUACCGACCAGUUGAAAACAUCCUCGCGCUUGGGAGGUGAUCCAGGAUUUCUGUUUAGGAGAGGACGGGGAGACGUCAGCCACACUGCUCGACAGCCAUGCAGAUACUCGGGGUCCCUUUUUUGCUGUUUUGCCUCAUUUGGGUCCACUCCUGCGCUCUCGGCGGAAAAGUCAACAAGCACAAGCCGUGGAUAGAAACAUCUUACCAUGGUGUGAUCACAGAGAACAUGGACACGGUGCUGCUGGACCCUCCGCUGGUAGCUCUGGACAAGGAUGCCCCGGUCCCCUAUGCUGGGGAGAUUUGUGCCUUUAAGAUCUACGGUCAGGAUGCUCCAUUCGAGGCAGUGGUGUUGAAUCGUACAUCGGGAGAGGGAGUCCUGAGGGCCAGUAGCCCAGUGGACUGUGAGAGCCAGAAAGAGUAUACCUUCAUUAUCCAGGCCUACGACUGUGGGUCCGGGCCCAGCGGGGCCGACUGGAAGAAAUCCCACAAGGCGGUGGUUCACAUCCAGGUGGAUGACGUCAAUGAGUUCUGCCCCGUGUUUCGGGAGCCCCUUUACAAGGCAUCAGUAACAGAGGGCAAAAUCUACGACAGCAUUUUGCAGGUGGAAGCUUGGGACCAAGACUGUUCCCCCCAGUACAGCCAGAUCUGUAACUAUGAGAUCGUCACUGCAGGGACGCCAUUUGCCAUUGACCGCAAUGGUAACAUCAGAAACACGGAGCGGCUGAGCUAUGACAAGCAGCAGAGCUACAAGAUUAUGGUGACAGCCUUUGAUUGUGGUCAGAAGAGAGCAAAGGAGGAUGUGGCUGUGCAUAUUGAUGUCAAGCCUGUCUGCAAACCUGGAUGGCAAGGUUGGAACAAGCGAGUGGACUAUGAGCCAGGGACUGGAAGCAGGCAGCUGUUUCCCAAGAUGCACUUGGAAACGUGUGGAGGUCCUCUCUCUGGCGUGAAGGCGAUGGUAGAGCUACAGACCAAUCACAUCGGGAAGGGCUGCGAUCGGGAAACCUACUCUGAGAAGUCUCUGCAAAAACUCUGUGGUGCAGCAUCAGGCAGCACCGACCUCCUUCCUGCCCCCAGCUCUUCCUCCAACUGGACGGCGUCUCUGCUGACUGACAGUGGCCGCGACAGCGACCUUAUCUACAGAUUUGACGGACAUCAGGCUGCUAAUGUUCCAGAUCAUGUGGUCCCCCAAAACCUGACCGACCAGUUCACCAUAGCAACGUGGAUGAAACACGGGCCCAGUCCAGGACUCAGAGCUGAGAAGGAAACCUUACUGUGUAACUCUGACAAGACUGAAAUGAACCGCCACCAUUACUCUCUGUAUGUUCACAACUGCCGCCUGGUGUUCCUUCUCAGAAGAGAUUUCACUCAGGUCGACACUUUCAGACCCGCAGAGUUCCACUGGAAACUGGAGCAGAUCUGUGACAAGGAAUGGCACUAUUAUGUGAUCAACGUGGAGUUUCCUGCAGUGACCCUAUUUGUCGAUGGUGUGACCUAUGAACCCUACCUGGUGACGGAUGACUGGCCGAUCCACACCGCAAAGAUUGAUACGCAGCUGACUGUGGGCGCCUGCUGGCAAGGUGGUGAGGUAGGGACCCCAAGGUUCACCCAGUAUUUCCGUGGCAGCCUGUCAGGUCUGACAAUCCGACCAGGCCGCAUUGAAACCCAGAAGGUUAUUUCCUGUUUGCAGGCCUGCAAAGAAGGCCUUGAUAUCAACUCCCUUGAAAGCCUCGCUAAGGACAUCAAGUUCCAUUUUAACCCUGCCCAGUCUGUGCUGGUGGUGGAGGGAGAGGAUCUAGACAGCAUCAACACAGCCAUGACUAAGGUCUCCUACAUUAACUCUCGCCAGUUCCCUACACCAGGCCUCCGACGGCUACACAUCACAACCACAGUACAGUGUUUCGGCGAGGACACGUGUCUCUCCAUCCCAGACAUCAAGUCAGUGGUUAUGGUCCUGCCGCCCAGUGAACCGAGAAUCACCAUCACAGGAUCUAAUCGGCUCGUAAGGCCUGCCGGUGACCUGCGGGGCCCGCUGGGUGUGGCACCCUUCAAAGAGCUUCACAUCACCAGCACAGUAAUGAAGGCAGACAGCUUCGGUGGAUCCCGCAGACCAGGUGUGAUGGAGGUGAUGCAUAACCUGGACUACUGCGAUGUGUUGGUAAUUGGGGAAGAACUGAAUCCUGAGAGAGAGAGUCUGGAGAUUCAUCACAGUGUCUUGCUGGGAAAACACCUGGAUGCCACCAACUCCACCUCUGGAAUAUCAAUAUAUGGUGUGGACUCCAUGGCUCACUAUGAGCAGGCACUGAGACAGGUGCGCUACAGGAACUGGCGACCUGCCACCCUGAGCGAGCGAAGGCUCAGACUCACUUGCUCUGAACUCAACGGGCGUUACACCAGCAAUGAGUUCAAUUUGGAGGUCAGCGUUCUUCACCACUCGGCACCUGUGGAACAUGUCAAUCAUAUGGCUGUUCAAUCUCAGUACAUGAGACCUGUGCAUCACCCACUCAUGAUACACACUCUCAACACACACAUGUCAGGAGCAGCACCUCCAGCAGCCACUGCGGUUAUCGUGGUCUGCAUCGCUGCCCUGGUGGUGAUUGUGGUGAUCGGCGUGUACAGGAUCCACGCCACACAUCAGGAGGGAUCCAGAGAAGACGAGGACGAGGCCAAAGACACAGAGGAAGACUGGGACAACUCUGCACUCAACAUCACUGUCAACCCCAUGGAGAACGUAGGAGCUCAAGCAUAUGAUGAGGAGGUAACGGAAGAAGUACAUGAGGAGGAGGAAGAAGAAGAAGAAGAAGAGGAGGAACAGAACAGUGAUGAAGAUGGCGAAGAAGAACAAGAGAGAGACGAGGUGAAAGAGAGGAAGCAGAUGGGAAAACUAGAGUGGGACAGUUGCUCCAUAACAUACUGACCACACGUGCAUAAUCACUCUUUACAUGUCUGUCUCUCUCUCGCUUUGACAGACACAGACAGACACACACAGGCCAAAAUUCAAAACUUUCCUUGCACACAUGCAUAACAUGUGUUAGUGAGGAUGUAGGAGUGCAAACACACAGGACUUUCAUUCAGGAGGUCAGGUUUCAAGUCCAGUCCAACCUCAUGAGUCAAAGGCCUGUGUUGCUGCGUUCCUCCUUUCCAGUUAUGUAGUAUUUGGUUUAAAAGCCUUUCUGUGAUUUUUUUAAGGUAGAAAGUAUUUAUGCGCUUCUCCUUCCUCUCCAUGCACUCACGUUAUUGACUGCCAUAAUGCAUUUUGCCUGUCUCAACCUCAUAUGUUAUUAGCGGUUGUUGUGCCACCUUGUUGUAAAAACUUCAAGUUAACGUCAAAAAGGUUAUC